AUAAAAAGUGAAAAUUUUGUUUGAAACUUUUUCGAGUGAAUAUAGUUAGUGAAAGUGAAAAAGUAAAGUUAGUAAAUUAGUAAAACUAAAUCUUUUGUCGGCAUGGACGCCGUUCGCAAUCCUCGAUCUCAAUCGGCAAGGGCCAGGUGCAUCGCCGCUCAAAAAUCUCAAUUGAUGAAUGAAAAAUACAGUGAGGAAGAAAAAAUGACGAUCGCUGAAAUGAAACAGCUCUACCUGCAGACCAUCCAACUGGAUGUGGAGCUGCAGCGCGAGAUCUACAACAUGGAGAAGAAAUUUGAAAGCAAGCACAAUGAGAUAUUUGAUCAGCGCAAGAAGAUCUUGCAGGAAUUUAAGAAGAAGAACCAUGGUGAUUCCACGCCUAAUGAGAACGUGACCAACUUUUGGUUGCGUGUGCUGAAGGCCUCUUACACGGAGUUUAUCAGCAAGAAAGAUGAGAAGAUUUUGGCGUAUUUAACCGACAUACGCACCAAGCUGCACAGCGCUCCGGUGGUUAAAUUUGAGGUGCAAUUCCAUUUUGAUAAGAACGAAUACUUCAGCAAUGAUGUCCUAGUGAAGACCUAUUACCUCAACUGUCAACCGGACAGUGAUGAUCCGCUAUCAUACGAUGGCGCUGAGAUCUACAAGACUGAGGGCUGCAAAAUUAAUUGGAAGCAGCCCAAGGAUCACAUGAACAAUGAUUCUGAGCAAACAUUCUUCGAGUUCUUCAAUCCACCAACUUUGCCAAAGGAUAUUGAUGAUCCAACCUACUGUGAUAUUAAUGCCAUAUUGCAGAAUGACUUUGAACUUGGCUUUUAUCUGAAGGAGCGUGUAAUUCCCAAGGCUAUUAUAUUCUUCACAGGCGAAAUAGCCGACUGCCAGAGCUCUAGCGAGUCGGACACAGACUCUGAUGACACGGAUGAGUCGGAUGCCGAAGAGGUGGAGGACGAAGGGUCCUCCAAUGGCGCCGAUAAAUAAAUACAGAACCUUUACAUACCUUACACAUUCAUACACACUAUGGUUUCUACUACACUACUACUACUUAUACUACACAGUGCAAUGCGGGUUCCCACACAUGAGUUUUUACAAUAUUUCAUGGCUUUUCUUACAAUUUCAGGAGAGAUACCAAAUAAACAUUACACUUGAUACAUAUGUCUACACAUACCCAAAUACAAAAUAUUUCAAAGCUUUUCCCCCAACAAUUCCAAAGAAGAUACCAAAUAAGCAUUACACAUGAUAUACACAUAUGUUUCACACGUAAAACUACAAAUAAACGUUUCAUUAUACCAAAGGA